AAGGUGUCCCCGAUAUCACAUGACGUGAGUCACUAACUAAUGCUUACUAAGAAUCUCCGAUACCGCAAGCCCACACCCAAUCAGGCAUAGCGCGGUAACUUGUCAUCGAAAGGGCGUGCCGGUGCAGACUUGCCUUAUUCAGCAGGCAGUCGUGGACUCGCUGACCAUGGCUGCCUCUCCUUCAUCUUCCUGCCAACGGGAGACGCUGUCUGUGUCUCUUCCAUACUGCCGUUGUCUCUCCUGUCGCUGAAAGAGAAAGGGUAAGGCCUGGUCUGACUUGCUGCCUGGAUCCGGUGAGAGAUUGGAACGAGAUUGCAGUGAGAUUGCAGUGAGAUUGCAGCGAGAUUGGAACGAGAUUGCGGUGAGAUUGCAGUGAGAUUGCAGUGAAAUUGGAACGAGAUUGUCAAAGAGAUCGCCGAUAAAUCAUCUAUUAAUCAUAUAUCCAUCGAUCAGCUAUAACGAUGGAAUACUUUGAUUUCGACAGGGCGUCGUUCGGGUCUCACGCCCAGAGCGACGACGUGGUGUCCGACUAUCUCGAGCUGGACGAGACCGACCAGGCCGCCAACUACGAGUCUCUGGCCCUCGAGGGCUCGCUGGAUUUCCCGCAGGACCUGUCUGGCCAGCUUGGACCCCAGUUUGCGGGCGAGCAGCCAGAGGACGCUGUUCCCAAUGCUACGGGAGAAGACGGUGCUGCGCUGCCCGCGCCCGCGUGGCCGACCAUCGCGGCGAAAGACCCCUGUGAUUUCUGCAGGCGGAUGGGGUUCGAUUGCUUCGUGGGGAAAAGAGGUGUCAUGCAGUAUUCGUGCACCUGCUGCAUCGCCUUGUACCGAGAGUGCAGCUUCGCCCACGCCAAGGAGCCGGGCAAGUUCCUCGACACCUUACACCCCGUGAACGAGAACGUCGACAUCCCCACGGGCGGCCUGACGGGCAAGAAGGCUCUCUGGUCCCUCUCGGGGCCCGGCGGGUUCGACCAUGGAGAGAGCCGCGCUCGCAAGAGCAACGCCCGUCUCUCGCGCGAGGCCCUGCGUGUCCUCAAGACUUGGCUCCAGGAACACAGCCAUCAUCCCUAUCCCACCGAGCAGGAAAAGGACCAGCUGAAGGAGUGGACGGGCCUCAAGCGCUCCCAGAUCUGCAACUGGCUGGCCAACGCUCGUCGCCGCGGCAAGGUUAUUCGCGACGUCCCGCCGCGCAGCAGCUCGCCGCCUAUCCCGGGUGCCAUCAACAUCCCGGCUUAUUCUUCUUCUGCUGCUUCUCCUUCUUCUUCUUCCUCUUCCACCACCGCCACCAAGACGGCCCCCCUGGAUAUCUCUACCAUGACGCCGUUCGAACGUUGGAAACACUCGCCCCCGGAAAACGAACCGGCUGCCACCUCCGAUAUUCUGCGCGCUUUGGUCAAUACCCCGAUCCGUCCCGCUGCCCAGCAACGCCCAUCGCCCGCCGGUCACGUGCGCUCCUAUUCCCGGAAGACGGCCUCGAGCAACGAUGACUCAAGCCAUGCCAACAACUCCAACCACCGGCUCCAGCAGCACCACCACCAGCACCAGCACCAUGCCCCGUCGAUCUCCGUCAGCAGCAGUCAGGGCACCAGCCGCUCGUCCACCUCGGACUUUUCCUUUGCCUCUGCCUUCUCCCAUCGCCUGUCGUUGGGGUCCCGGGGCUCAAUGGAUCGGUCCUCCAAGGACCGUCGCCGUCGCCGCAAGUCGCAGACCCCCGUCAACACCUUCAACCUGCACAAGGCCCGCAGCGCGCGCAUCUUCCAGUGCACCUUCUGCGCCGACUCCUUCCCGGCCAAGUAUGACUGGCAGCGGCACGAGAAGUCCCUGCACCUCGCCCUGGACAAGUGGACCUGCUCGCCGCAGGGGGGGAUCGUCCAGCUGCACGGCACCCAGGCAGUCUGUGUCUUCUGUCUGGCGCCCAACCCGGACGCCGACCACCUGGAAUCGCACAACUACAGUGCCUGCCAGGAGAAAGACGCCCAGGAACGCAGCUUCUACCGCAAGGAUCAUCUCCACCAACACCUGCGGCUGAUGCACAACGUCAAGUUUGAAGAAGCCUCCAUGGAGGCUUGGUACAGCAGUACGACGGAGAUCCGCUCGCGGUGCGGCUUCUGCGACACCCAGUUCACCACCUGGAAAGCCCGCGUCGACCACCUCGCCGCCCACUUCAAGAGCGGCGCCGACAUGAGUCAAUGGCAGGGGGAUUGGGGGUUCGACCCUUCCAUCCAGGCUCUCGUCGAAAAUGCCAUCCCGCCGUAUCUGAUCGGAAACGAGCGCAAUUCGCUCGAUCCCUGGAAGACGGCCCAUGUGGCGGCGGCGGCCAUCAACCCCGACGAGGAAUCGUCUGGCGAUAUGCCGUCCAAGCUGAAAGUGCCGGAAGACGCCAACUGUUGGAGUCGCAUCCAACGGGAGCUGACCGCGUACAUCCGUGCUCAAGUUGCCAUGGGAGUAUAUCCCACCGACCAGAUGAUCCAAAACCACGGCCGUCGGGUCAUCUACGACAGCGAUGAUCCAUGGAACCAGACUUGCGCCGACAACCCGGUCUGGCUCAGUGUCCUGAAACGGGACGCCGGCCUCGAACCCGUCCCGAAUGCGGAGCACAUCCAACUCUCCGACCUAGGCAUGCAACCGCCCUUUGCCCUGCAGGGGGGGCUUCGUGUCCCCCCCGCCGAGUCCAACCCGCUUGCUCGCGUGCUGUGCCGUCGAUCUCUCCCAAUCACCACCACCACCACCACCAGCUCCCGGUACUCCGGCUCUGGCUUCCACAGUCCCGCCAUCCAGUCCUCCUCCGCAGCGCCGAGCAUGCCCGGUAGUCUGGCGGGCAGUUACGUCGGCAGCUUCUCCGGCAUGGCCUCGGGCUCUGCCGUGGCCCCGACCGCCCCGGCCCUGUCCACCGACUGGGGGAGCAACUUCUCCGCCGCUGGUCAGUCGGCGUCAUUCUCGUCGGCGCCCCUGCAUAGCUCCACCGUCGAUCCACUGGUGCAGAUGGGAUUCGAUCCGGAAUUUCUGCAGCGUUUGAACGACACCUACACCGAUCUCCAGCCAGACAAUCUGGACGGGUUGGAUUUUGAUCCCACCUUUCCUAUGGAUGACUGUGAGCCGGUCCCUCCAUCAGAGAUGCAACCAGCAGCCAAGUCCUCGACCGUAGCGCCCAUUCACAUCCCAAGCCCGAGACACUUAUAACUCACCCCUGGGGACAGGUAGAAAGGGUUUCAACAUUUUCUUCCAAUUUGUCUUGAGUAAUUUUGGGAAAAAGAAGAGGAAUCGUUUUCAUACUGUCGAGCCUGAUAUAUAUAUACCCUUGAUCCGCCUUGUCAAGCGCAGGGCGCAUGUCAUCCGCAGGGCGUACACCAAGACAGGAACAUAUUAAACUAUUGGUUCUAGUUUUUAUAAUUAUCAUUUAAUGUAUUUAACUUUACCUAGUAGUAAGCUGUACCACUUUCUAGAAUCAUCAAUAAUAUGC